AUUUGCGUGAUGUGCCUAAUCUGGGCCAAUCACAGUAGUUUGACGUGGGCACGGGUUCGGAGCGAGCCAAUGCUGCAUCCGGUGUGUAACGCAGCCACAUCCUGCGCGAAAGCCCGGGAAUGGGCUAAAGGCGGGCUGACACCUGCGCAGCAUCCCUUCAGACGCUCCAAGAUCACAUCUCGCGAAAAGUAAUGAUUAUUUCGGUGUAUGGGCGGCUAGUUCAGCCAGCUCCCGCCGCGGCGCUGCUUUCGCUCGGGAGUGGGACGUAUGUACCUCGAUAUAGAGGCCGAGAUAAAACGUAAUUUUAGUGCUGGAAAUUGAAAAAUUGCGGAUGUAACGCGCGACAAGUAAUUUAAAAGAGACCGUGGUUCAUUUGUCUUGGUCUAAAUCCGAGUGCGUUUCGAGUUCCGCCGCGUACGGGUGAUACGGUCCGCGAAUGUGCCGUCGUCCAUAUUACCGAGUGAUCUUUCACAGUGGGAUGGAAGAUAGGAUUGAGUUAAUCAGUUAGUGUUGUGUUGUUUCUAUUAACUAAAAUGUGCGCGUUCCCUUCGCCAGUGUUUUCGUCGUUCUGGCGAUAUUCCAAACGUGUACGAUGCUUCGUAAUCGUGACCAGUCGCGGCCACGGCACUCCUUAGUGUGACGAGUGACGACGGAGAGUGAUAACUCCUUGCUAGACUAUUAGACUGUUUGUUAUGUAUCAAUCGUGCACUGGUAAAGCAGCGCAAGAUGCUAAAUAUCCCAAGGCGGAUACCAUCGGCCGCUCGGUUCGCAGACUUCGCACCCCACGCGAAAUUAGCCUGAAAAACACACACGCACCCUAAUGGCGGUAGACAAGUUGGUGAUUAUCUUCAUUAUCCUCAUCAUACUCGCGUUAGUGGGAUCUGACAACGAUGUGGAAGCGAAAGAUGAAACGCAGAAGGCCUUGGAGGAGAAAAGGGAGCAGCGAUCGAGAUCCGCGCUGCCGGAGCCCGUACGUGGAUCCUUCCAGAAACUGAGCAAUCUCAUGAAUAGAACAGAAGUCGCCAACAGCAGACGGCGAAAGCAGAACCUUAACAAAAUCUUCGAGAUGAAUAGAAGACAGAACGACGACAUGAUGAAUGAUAACGAGGGAGCGAUCGCCGUCAAACAAAAAACGUUUCCCGACAACGAUACGAACUCUCUAGCGGAUAAAAUCAAAGUUCUAAGAGUCCAAGACGUCUCAAUUUACGUUCCCUCUACAGACAAUACAUAUGUUCCCCAAGUUACGGGGGUUUUUUGUAAUUUCGAACGACAUAACGGCACAUUGGAUAUGUGUAUGUGGCAAUGGAAUACGACUGUUUCAAGUCAUGGACUGGGUUUUAAUGUCAUGAACUCUGCUGAUAUCAUGGCGAUGAAUGAAACCACGAGGGGUCUGUACUUCUCCGGCCCAGCUACGGAUGCGGAUGGGAACAAGGAAGGCCACUUCCUGUACCUCCCAGUGGAUCCUACGAUGGAGAACAUGGUGAUCAAGUCACCGCCUUUCCGAGGACUAUGGGAGUUCUGUAAGUUCGAAGCGCGCUUACAUCAGAGCAAGAUGCAAAACGCCAGCAUCCGAUUGGUCUCCGAGUCCACCACGUCAGGAGUGCAGUGGAUUUUGCAGGAGGUUGCUGGAAACAACUUUGAAUUCUGGCAACCAAUGAGCUUCAUGAUCGGCAAAGUGCAGCAGGAAGUCCGUAUUAUCAUCGAGAUAACCCGGCCGAGUCAAGUGAGCCUCUCGGCGGCUCUGCCACACAUAGCGGUAGACAACAUCCGCAUGGUGGAGUGCUUGCCCGAGCCGCCCGUGUUCAAUGGCGAGUGUCAGAACCACCGGCUCAAGUGCAACAUCAUGAACAAGGAGUCGUGCAUCAAACUCCAGCAAGUUUGUGACCUCGUCAAAGACUGUGACGAUGGGAGUGACGAGCAUCAGAAUUGUGAUAAAAUGCCUUACGGGUCUUAUUGCAAUUUUGAGGUGGACGCCUGUGGAUUCGAAAAUGUACCACAGCCUAUCCUGAAAUGGUCGCGCCACAGUGGACCAACGCCAACGGAUAAAACUGGACCAAAUUACGACCACACCUGUGGACCACCGGCCAUUCACACCACGGCCAACCCUAGAAUACCAUUCUCACCUUCCCAUAUGAACUAUACUGUCGCCUGUUUAGGAUACUACUUCUUUGUGAAUAUGAAUGUGACUGGUCCAAAUAAGGAACGAGCAGAUUUCGCGUCCACUGCUGUGAUGAAGACCGUCAUAUUUAACCCACCUCCCAAAGUCCAUGGGGAUAUUAACUCAAGAUACUACAAUUGCUGUAUGAUAAGGUUCUACUACCAGCAAAACGGGAGGAACUACGGGUCGCUAAGCGUUGACGUGGUCGAGAUGACUCCGAGAGGCAACGUCACCACUUCUCUAUGGUUCUCCACCAAAGACAAAGGGGAGAACUGGUACCGAGCUGCCAUCUUCCUGCCAAACAUCACUAGACGAUACUAUUUCCUCUUCAAAACCCGUAUGGGCAUGAGGAUAUACUCCGACUCAGCCAUCGACGAUUUCUCGAUGGCCCCGGAAUGCUUUGGACUCAACAUCAACGCCACAGAACUGGGUGAUUACAACUACUACGAUCCAGUCUUUGAGGAGAAGACGACGCCGCAUCCUGACUUUACUGAUGUCCAAUACUACCGCUUCACAACCUGUAAUGCAACGGGUCGCUUUGGCCCCAAUCAGACGAUGUGUGACAUCGCGUACAACAACACUCCAGUCGAUGUCACAGUGCUACACGCGCCGCCUUACGAGGGCAUCCAAGUCUGGGAGGUGCCUAGCGAAGGGCUUUACACGAUAAUGGCAACGGGGGCGUCGGGCGGGCUGGGCUCGAUGUGGGCGGGCGUGUCGCACGGCGCGCAGGCGCGAGGCCUGUUCGAGCUGCAUCGCGGCGAGCGGCUCUAUAUGCUGAUGGGGCAGCAGGGAGCGGCAGCCUGCAAGAAGACUCUAUCAGCCCAAGAGAGUCAGGAGUGCUCUCGCCGGGAGUCGAACGAGACGUCUCCAAUGUUCACGAGCAAAACACACGAAGUGCGAAACACUCAAGUUACUGAUGGUGGAGGCGGUGGUGGAGGGGCCACUUAUGUGUUCUUGGUGGAUAAAGAGGGACAAACAAUACCACUGCUAGUCGGCGGUGGAGGGGGUGGUCUGUCAGUGGGGGUGUUCAGAGACGAUGGCUCUCAGCACGCUCGAGGCAGAACCAAUACUACGCCUGAAUCUGGAUAUAUGUAUGGGCAGCCUGGACGUACUUCUGGGGCUGGAGGCGGUUGGAUUUCACGACCAGGCCCAAUAACUCCAGGCUUCGAGCUGAUCCGCGGGCAGUCUUUAAGAGAAGGUGGCGUGGGUGGCAUGGCGUGCAAUGGUGGCGCGCAUGGUGGCUUCGGGGGAGGGGGAGGGGGCUGCUUGCGAGGCGGUGGUGGAGGAGGAUGGGUUGGUGGCAGCACCCACGACGGUGAAGGUCUCCACGGCGGCGGCGGAUGGUCGUACGUGGACGUAACCAGGGGAGUCAACGAGUUCAGUGACGUCACCAUGGCGUCCAGAACUGGUCCGGGGGAAGUUCUGAUUGUGCCUGCUAUUCAUAAAUGCGGCUGCAACUACCGUUGCGUCGCCGUCAACGAGUUCCGGAGCGACGUGAAGUGUUACUGCCCUUCGGAUUGGAUCACGGAUGAGAACGAUCCCACUAAAUGCAUAUCUACAUCAUCGUCGGGAGACGAGCCCUGGUUCGAGAACUGGAUGGUGAUGUGCAUAGUGCUCGCGGUCAUCGUCUUCAUCUGCGUAGGCAUUAUACUAUUCGUCUCCUUACACGUCUAUAACAAAUACCAGCGGGAGAAAGAAGCAGAACACAUGCAAAAGCAGUACCGUCAGCAGGAAAUGCAACUGCAUCGGUUAAGGAAUGCUCCGGGGGGUGACAAUACCCUGAGCAUGGCGUUCAACCCCCACUACGGCAGUGAGAGCUUCCUCCCCCAGGGGGUGGAUGUUAGGGGGCUGCCCAAAGUCGCCAGGGAGAGUUUGAAGCUGGUCAAGGCUUUAGGCCAAGGGGCUUUCGGCGAAGUCUAUCAAGGCCUGUAUAGGCAUAGAGCAGGCGACAGUGUAGAGAUGCCAGUAGCUGUUAAAACCCUACCGGAGCUGUCAACCGGGCAGUCGGAGUCUGACUUCCUGAUGGAAGCCGCUAUCAUGGCCAAGUUCAACCAUCCCAACAUCGUGCAUUUGAUUGGAGUUUGCUUUGAUAGACAUCCCAGGAUUAUUCUGUCUAGGUUCAUCGUCUUGGAAUUGCUGGCGGGCGGGGACCUGAAGAACUUCCUUCGCGAGAGUCGACCAAGACCAGAGCGGGCUAGUGCGUUGACUAUGAAAGACCUGCUGCUUUGCGCGCUUGAUGUCUGUAAGGGAUGCAAGUAUUUGGAGGCCAGAAGGUUUGUCCAUAGGGAUAUCGCAGCUCGCAACUGCCUGCUCACGUCGCGCGGACCGGGGCGAGUGGUGAAGAUCGCCGACUUCGGCAUGGCGCGUGACAUCUACCGCUCCGACUACUACAAGAAGGGCGGCAAGGCCAUGCUGCCCAUCAAGUGGAUGCCGCCCGAGGCCUACAUCGACGGCAUCUUCACUGUCAAGACUGACGUCUGGUCUUAUGGUGUAUUGCUAUGGGAGGUUUUCUCUCUAGGCAUAAUGCCAUAUACAGGGUGCGCCAACAGGGAAGUCAUGCAAAUGGUCUCUGGAGGUGGCAGAUUGGAACGGCCUCAUGGCUGUCCCGGUGAGGUGUACCGGCUGAUGUGCGAAUGUUGGAACCCCGCGCCGUCCGAGCGGCCUUCCUUCGCGCAAAUGUUCGACAGACUCACGAGAUUCGUGCAGGACCCAGAGAUAACAAACGCGCAGCUACCCAUGCUGCGAUCAUUGCUCGUUCCACUGGAAUCCUUCACUGAGCCCAACGGUCCGCAGCGCUCCGCGGGCGACUACCUCGUGCCCCUGUCGCGCCAGGACCAGCCGGCUGACGAUAGCUCAACGGAUCCGUUGGUGCCUCAUAGCAAAGCGCUAACGGCGGCACAGGAGAAAUUAGAAAUGGUGGAUUCACAAUUUCAACCUCUUCUGAAAGCAUCACAAGAAUAUGGCAACAUUCCAAUGGCAUCGCUGGGCGGGAGCGCAAAGCGAGACGCUUCCACUGUUUCAGCCGAGACAAGGAACAACACAACGUUUCUGCCGUCUAACUCCACUGACAGAUUGCUAAGCUCUGUGGAAUGCGCAUCGAUGGACGAGGAUACGGCAUCUGAGACGGACGACAGACCGGUCAUAUGGGAGACUUCUUUCACCGAGACCAGACCGAGCAGUAACAUAGUCGACACCGCGUCGACCAUUGAGCCUGGGCCUGUUGUCGAAAAACUGAUCAGCAUAACACCAACAUCGCCGAAACCACCAGAAAACAUACUGUCGCAGGCAAUAGAGACGACGAUCAUAGACAAAACGAAUAAAAACACCCUCGCACCGGACAGAAAGACUGCGCCAAUCGCGUCCCCAGAUCCCCCUCGGAUAAACGCUUGGAAUAACAGAGAUCCACCUCCGAAACUUCUCCCCAAAGCCAAACCAUUCUGUCUAGAUGCUGCUCAGCUAGAACAAAACCUAAAUGCACUCAAGAAAAAUAGCGGAUCAGUCAAUCUGACCACGAUGAACACCAUGAAAGUUCUACCCCCAUACAUAAAUGUUGUCACGCCAAACAAACUUUCAGAGUCGAAAACGAUACAAAUAGACCCUAAGAAAGCAGUCAUACACGAUCUACAAUCCCCAAAAGAGCCUGAGAAAGAAGAAAAAGGGAAAUUGAAGCAGUCAAAUUCAGCCGCGAGCUUACUCAAUGGUCCCAUGACAGAUGUCCCUUACGCUGACAGUGAUAAUGCGUCGUCCAGUUCUGGAAGCAACGCGCAAAAUCUUCUUAACAAUCAGAAGAAUCAAAAAAAUAACGCGUAUUCCGAAAUCGUUGUUGGCAACGGUAAAAAAAUUAUGAAACAGGGUAGCAAAACUAGCAAUGGAGAUUACGGUGAAACAGAAAUUAGUUGUUAAGAACAAAAUGGCCGAAGUCGAACGUUUUAUUAAAAAAAAAGUUGUUGGUUGUGGUGCAGUGUAGUGUCGCCGUUUGAAAGACUCAUUUUUAAUAAAAAAAAAUUAGAACAAUCACAAUGUAAAUAUUAAUAUUAAUAAAUAUACGAAUAAUAUAAUAAUACCUAUUUGGUUAAAUGAAUAAUAAAAACUUUUGAGUGUGAUCUUUAUCUAUAAACCGUUGUUUGUUUGACAUUUUGUAAUUUUUAAUCUGUAAAUUGUUCGUUAAGUUAUUUGAAAAAAGUUUAAUUUUGAAAUGGCUUCUAAUGCUUAGUAUUUAUAAAUAGUUCAUUAUAUGAUUGCUCAAUUUGCUCAAUCUGUUGCCAAUUUAGUACAAUGAAUAAAUAAUUAAAUAAAUAAUAAUAUAGAUUUUUCUACGUAUCUAUUUAUUCCGACGGAAUCAGUUGUUGUUAAUUUAUAUUUUUAUACGUUUAGAUUCACUUUCGUAGCAAGAUGAAAAGAUCGAACAACAGUUCAAUUUUUUCAAUCGUAAAAUAUUACACUCCAAUAAAAUUCUGUGUAAUUUAAUCAAAAAUCAAUUUUCCGGAUUUUUUCCGAAAAGCAACAUUGUUGCUGCACUUUGAAGUUCUGAACAGAGCUUUUUAUUUUCAGUGUUUUCGUAAUUUGAAUUCGAAUAAAAAUAGACCAUAUUAUUAAAUUUUAUUUAAUUACAAUAAAUAAAAACCAACCAAUAAAAUUCGAAUUAAAUGUAUAAAAAAUGAUUUUUAAAGUUUAAGAUAAAUGUUUUUAUAAAAAGCUACAGAUAUUUUUGGUCCAGACAUCAUAACAAUACUAACCAAGGUAGACAGACGCGCUUUGAUAUUUGUAAAUAAAUUACGUAGUGUUUUAUGUAAAUCCGCCCCUGGUUAGUUAUAUAGGUACAUAUAGCGUGGAAAUGUUAAGUAUGCGUAGGCGAUUAUUUUCACUAUUAAAAGUACAUUAUAGAUAAUCAAAAAAUGUUACCUCCACUUGAAACACGUCGUCUAGUAAAAACAAAUAUGUAAAAUACUUUCACGGUGAAAAUUAAUGAAAUCAAUCCUAAGGCCUCAUUUACACGAGACUUUUUUUAACGUCCGUUAAAAAAGCGUCCAAAUAGAACAAAUGUAGGUAUUCCCAUUUCCCAAGUAGGUAUAUGUCCACACGUCAACGCUUUUUUACGUCCGUUAAAAAAGCUCUCGUGUAAAUGAGGUCUAAGUAUGUGUAAUCUGUCAAAAGUCGUAUGGUCUUUUUUGACAACUAACAACGUCGCUUAUCAACUUUUUUCGAAAAACUCUUACUUUUAAGAAAAAUAUCCUGCGCACACUUAUCUACAGUUUCCACUCUGUACUUAUAUAAAAAAACAUAAUUAUAUUAUGUUAAAGUUAGAUAUUAUGUAGAAUAUGCAUAUGGUAAUGUUGGUGUCUGAAUAUUAAAAGAUUGCCCUAUAAUUAAGUCUCAGAGUUUCACAUAGGAAUUUCAAAAUAGAUUUAUCAAAUUGGCACAUUAAAACAAUGCUAACAUAAUAAUUAUAUACAUACGACAUAUUAUAUAACAUAGUUUUAUUAAACAUAAUAUAUAUAUUAUGUAUAUGUUAUAUGGAAAUGUGUGUAAAUCACAUAUAUGAAUGCUUUAAUUAAAUUAUAAGAUAGUAUUUAAGAAAAAAUAAAAGGGUUUGGUUGAUUUACGUUUCGUUUUUAUCAGAGUAGUGCCAGUUAUUUACAUAAUAUGGUAAUGCAUUUAUGUAUAUUUUGUUGAGGCAUGAAAUGACAGGGUAUCGAGAUGUUUUUUUUUUAAUCGGGGAAGGAAGAAAUUUUAUCAUUGCAUUUUUUGUCUAUUUCUUGUAUUGUUUAUAAAUACCUGUCUUAUAUUAUGUAUGUAUGUAUGUAUGUUUAUCAUGAUAAUACUGCAUAAAUACUAUACGAGUAAGUAAAAGAAUACUUUGAAAAUCAUUUCGUUACAAAUACUUUUAUAUCUAUAUACAGUGGACCCCCGGUAUUCCAGCCCCUGUCUAAUCCGGCACCCCCUGUAAUCCGACAAAUGUAUUGUUAUUGAAUUUACUUUGACAUACAUAGUGAAGUACCUGUGAUUUGUACUUCAGAG